AUGCUGCAUUAUAAUAACCAUUGUCUACAACCAUCUACAACCUUCUACAACCUUCUACAACCACCUACAACCAUCUACAACCACCUACAACCACCUACAACCAUCUACAACCACCUACAACCACCUACAACCAUCUACAACCACCUACAACCACCUACAACCAUCUACAACCAUCUACAACCACCUACAACCAUCUACAACCACCUACAACCACCUACAACCAUCUACAACCACCUACAACCACCUACAACCAUCUACAACCACCUACAACCAUCUACAACCACCUACAACCAUCUACAACCACCUACAACCACCUACAACCAUCUACAACCACCUACAACCAUCUACAACCACCUACAACCAUCUACAACCAUCUACAACCACCUACAACCACCUACAACCAUCUACAACCACCUACAACCAUCUACAACCACUUACAACCACCUACAACCAUCUACAACAUCUACAACCACCUACAACCAUCUACAACCAUCUACAACCACCUACAACCAUCUACAACCAUCUACAACCAUCUACAACCACUUACAACCACCUACAACCAUCUACAACCAUCUACAACCAUCUACAACCAUCUACAACCACCUACAACCAUCUACAACCAUCUACAACCACCUACAACCAUCUACAACCAUCUACAACCACCUACAACCAUCUACAACCAUCUACAACCAUCUACAACCACCUACAACCAUCUACAACCAUCUACAACCAUCUACAACCAUCUACAACCACCUACAACCAUCUACAACCAUCUACAACCACUUACAACCACCUACAACCACCUACAACCAUCUACAACCAUCUACAACCAUCUACAACCAUCUACAACCACCUACAACCAUCUACAACCAUCUACAACCUUCACUUUAUGUGAGUGGCGGACUGUCCCAGCACCAGUCCCAACCCCGACGGACUGUCCCAACACCAGUCCCAACCCCGACGGACUGUUCCAGCACCAGUCCCAACCCCGACGGACUGUCCCAGCACCAGUCCCAACCCCGACGGACUGUCCCAGCACCAGUCCCAACCCCGGCGGACUGUCCCAGCACCAGUCCCAACCCCGACGGACUGUCCCAGCACCAGUCCCAACCCCGACGGACUGUCCCAGCACCAGUCCCAACCCCGACGGACUGUCCCAGCACCAGUCCCAACCCCGACGGACUGUCCCAACACAAGUCCCAACCCCGGCGGACUGUCCCAACACAAGUCCCAACCCCGGCGGACUGUCCCAACACAAGUCCCAACCCCGGCGGACUGUUCCAGCACCAGUCCCAACCCCGGCGGACUGUCCCAGCACCAGUCCCAACCCCGGCGGACUGUUCCAGCACCAGUCCCAACCCCGGCGGACUGUCCCAACACAAGUCCCAACCCCGGCGGACUGUCCCAACACAAGUCCCAACCCCGGCGGACUGUCCCAACACAAGUCCCAACCCCGGCGGACUGUCCCAACACAAGUCCCAAUCCCGGCGGACUGUCCCAACACAAGUCCCAACCCCGGCGGACUGUCCCAACACAAGUCCCAACCCCGACGGACUGUCCCAACACAAGUCCCAACCCCGACGGACUGUCCCAACACAAGUCCCAACCCCGGCGGACUGUCCCAACACAAGUCCCAACCCCGGCGGACUGUCCCAACACAAGUCCCAACCCCGGCGGACUGUCCCAACACAAGUCCCAUCCCCGGCGGACUGUCCCAGCACCAGUCCCAACCCCGGCGGACUGUCCCAGCACCAGUCCCAACCCCGACGGACUGUCCCAACACCAGUCCCAACCCCGACGGACUGUCCCAACACAAAUGGCCGACAGAAGCAAGAACAUGAACAAUAA